CUGUCGCUUGUCGCCGUGUUGGGUCAUGAAUUUUCGUAAAAUUGUUUAUCCUUCGACAAAUCAUAUCUUUUUAUGAUAAUUCCAUACAUUAUCAUGACUCGUGAAUUAGUUUUGUUGUAUACAACUUUAAUAGAAGUCUAUAUUUGAGUAUUGAAGUGAAUUACAAAUACUGAAUCAAUGUGAUUGUUAUCAAUAUAACUGGGGUUGAAUAGUCAAAUCAUGCGGAUUUUAUUUAAUUUGAUUAGUAAUCUUUCAGUUCAUUUGUUAAUUUAGGAUAUUGUAAAUAUAUGGCUAAGCGUGUGUUGUUUAACUGAGCACAUAGGUUAAUAGGUCAGUGUGAAUGAGAGUUAUAUGAUAACAAUGAGUGAGAAACUCCCAAAUUUCACCAGUUACAUCAACUCACCGAAGAACAAUGGAGAGAAAAAUGGAUCGUUACAGGAGGUGAAACCGAGAUUGUUAAAUGGAGAGUUAGUGGUGGGGGCGGCGCACAAUGUGAUAAUGCUGACGCCGCUGAGCGAGCGGGACCGCGGCCGCAUGGGCUCUCUCUUCGUCACCAACUACAAACUGUCCUUUGUGCCGCUGGAACUUUGUCCGCACGAUGAGAGCGGCCAACGUAACUACUUACUGGGGCCCCAUGACGUGCCCCUGACUGGGGUUGGGGCUAUAUGGAUGACGGACGGGGGCCCCGUGCGCCGGAGACGGGUGGGACUCAACGGGGACACCCCGGACAAGGUCAAAGGGUUACAGGUUAUAUGUAAGAACAUGAAAGUUCUAACAUUCAGCUUCAUCAACUCUUCGAAAGGCAACGGCAGGAAAAUCGCAAUGGCUCUCGUCCACCACGCAUUCCCGAAGCGACACCACCUGCUGUUCGCGUUCGAAUAUAAAGAGCCUUACUACAGAACGCUACCCUUGGACCUGAACAUGUUCGACAGAACAGCCGAUUGGCGGAGAGAGUUGGAUAGGUGUGAUUGUCCUCAUUGGAGGAUAACACCAAUAAAUGCCACUUCAGACGCUUUUAUGUUAACAGGGAGUCCGACUUUAAUAGUGCCUAUGUCCGCUUUGGAUUGUAAUCUGAUUGAAUACGCGAGGCAUUUCAAAAGUGGGAGGAUACCCAUUUGGGUGUGGGGCCGGGCAGAGGGCGCGGCGCUGCUGCGCAGCGGCGAGCUGCUGCCCACUGCGCAGGCGCUGCAGGCCGAGUGCGUCUUGCUGGAGCACGUCCGCCGGAGUCACCCCAAACUGACCCCUCCCCGAGUGAUAUACCUGUGCGGGAACAGCUUCUCAAACACCAGCUCAACCAGCACUCUGCCCCCUCUCGGGAUACUGCAGGCCUCGUACAAGAAACUGGCGGAAUUAUGUACGCCUACUACGCUUGCGGGGUUUUGGGUACAAGAUUCACAAUAUUACUCGAUCCUCGAUUCGAGUAGAUGGCUGCGGUACGUGGCGAACUGUUUGGCGUUUGCUGACGAAGCUGCCGAACAUUUGUCCAAGAAUGUUUCUGUUGUUUUACAAGAAGGCGACGGCGUGGACUACUGCGCGGUGGUGUCGUCGCUGACGCAGCUGCUGGUGGACCCUCACUGCCGCACGCUGUCGGGCUUCCAGGCGCUCGUGCAGAAGGAGUGGGUGGCGCUCGGACACCCCUUCUGCGACAGGUUCGGCCUCCCGCGGCCGGGCAGCAGCGCGCCGACGUCGCCCAGCGCGGCGCCGCAAGCCGCGCCCGUGUUCCUGCUGUUCCUGGACUGCGUGUGGCAGCUCACCAACCAGUUCCCCGCGCACUUCCAGUUCACCGAGACUUACCUCACCACCUUGUGGGACUGCACGCACAAUCACGUUUUCGACACCUUCCUGUUCAACUGCCCGAGAGAUCGGGACCUGCCGCUUGUGAAGUUUCAGUGCCCGGAGACCUACCUUUCUUUCUCGGAGGACACAGAAAUGGUCCCAAAAUAUUUUGUUUCCAAACGGAGAGACAGUGAAUUGCUGAAAAUGAAGAAUUUUAUCCAAAGACCAGUAUGGGACUGGAGCGAGCAGUUCUCAGAUCAGGACAAGACAUUGUUCUACAAUCCGUUGUUUUCAAUCAACAAGACACCUGCCAUGCCCAAACCGAGGCUGUCACAAACAUCAAUCAGUAUGAAAGCACCGGAAUUAGCAAGACUGGAGCCUUGCACGUCCAUAGCGGGAACGGAACUGUGGUCGCAGUGCUACGAGCGCUGGCUGUUGCCGCUCGACGCUAUGCACUCCGGCGUCGUCCAGUACCACGUUCACAACUACGCGGUGCUGAAGGAGAUCCAACAACUAAACGAGAAACUCUCCCAACUAUCAAUCCUCUCGAACCGGCAGUCCAAUUGUUCAGAAACAUCAGAAUCGAACCGCGCCGUAGUAUCCCGGUUCUACCCGUUCAGCGCGGGGAAAAGAGAUGCGCUCACAGGAGCUUUAGAUUCUAAGCAGAAUAUUCAUGAUCGCAUCAUGUACCAGGCGAGCUUAAUCGACGCCAGCCAACUUCUGGACUCCCAGUCUUUGCUCAACGCGCCCGACUAACAUCAACCCGUCACGCAGUAUGUAACACCACUCUUACGCAUAUUGUGUAACGUUCCUGUGUUCCACCUCUUUGAGCUAUGAUUCAUAGAAAAAAAACACAUAAAAUAUGCUUAGUUAAAGAAAAUACAAGGUGGAAAUACGACUUAAUGCGGCUAUCUGUAAAAUAUAUUUGUAAUUUUAUUUAGUAAUUUCUAUCAGUUUAGACACGUUAAAAAAUCUUAGUGGUCCAACCAUAAAUUUACUUGGGCUGGGUGUAGUUUUAACUUUACAAUGUUUAACUAAAAGUCAUUUUAAAACUAUAUUACUGUUUAUUUAACAAAUCUUAACAUAAUUAACAUAUUGCACACGUAACCGUGAACCGAGAUUAGAGUAAUUUAGAAAAGUAAACAAAUGUUUUUAUUUAAAAAUAAAUUGAACUAUGAACAAUUCUACGUUCUAUUUUAAAGUAUUGUAAAUUAAGACUGCGAUUAUAUUAUUGCCUUUUUAAUAGAAAUUAUCUUAUAUUAACGAAUUCAAAAUUUCGCCCUUCAAAAGUGUGGGGUAAUGUAACUUUGGCGUUCGAGUUCUUUUAAAUGAGGAAUUGAUUGAAAUAUUACGUAUAUUGCUUAGAACAAAUUAGUGAUAUUUAUAUGUGGUGUAACCAUUAUUGUAUAUUUUUUUAUUAUAGGAGUAUUAUAUUUCCUCGGAAGAUUUUUAAGUGUAAAUAAAUAUAUGUAUUAUUAGAUAAUAUAGCCUUCUUUAUGAAUAUAUAGAUAAUAGCCGUACUACGCGACGUGCAGUAGGGGAACUUCCAAGUAUACUUGAAAUUUUAAAAAGACUAAUUAUAUUUAGAUCAUUCAUUCCAUUUACAACUUACAAGAACUUCAUUUAUCGUUAAUUAUCUCCACGUUCAUUUUAAACAAUUUAAAACUGCACUGUCUUAUUUUAUUGUAACAAUACUUUUUCUUACUUGUGCAUGUUGAACUGACGAGCACUACUGUUUCACCGACUUAUUAUACUGAACAUUGUAUUUUUACGUAAAGGGUGACAGUGGCGCACGUCAUUCCAAUUUACACCCCGUUUAAGUUGCUAAAAAAGCCUAACAUACUUGAAAUUGAUAUUGUCUUUUGAAAUAUACACUUGGCACAUUACAAAUUACUAAAUAAUUUAUAAUUAUUUGCAAUGUACAAAGACAUAUAUUUUAAUAGAAAGACGUGUCAAUAUUGAAUACUUAAACAAACUAAGUAAGCUUCAUUCAUGUCAUUCGUGUAUAAUUAUCGAGUUUCAUUUGAACACAUAAUUUUCACUGUUUCACACAGUUUAGCAAAACCAGACCGUAUAGAUACGAUCGUUAAUGAAUAGUGUUACGUUUAUGUUACCAUAUUAUACUAAACACUUAUAAAUACAUAAAUUAGACCAAAUUUACAUUUAAGCUUAUCGUUGUAAAUAUGGCAGCUGUCGCUACUUUAAUGUUAUUCAGUGAAUAUUUGAUUUAAUUUAUAAAUUUUACCUAUGACUACAAUUUUUGUUAACUUUGUACAUAGUUAUGGUUUCAAGUAAGGAGAUAACACCGCGUUUUGAAAUAGAACGUGUAGUGAGUUAUACAGGCAUAUUCGGUAACUAGAGUGUUUAACUUCAAUUAUGACCGGGGCCACUAUAACGAAUUACGCAUGUUGAAAAUGUGUGUUUAGUAGUAACGCACCUACGGGUACUACACACUCGCGUCAACAGCACAUCAAGUUACCCUGCAUAAACCUCUGUGUCGCGAUAAUAGCAGCGAGUUUGCAAUGAAUUUGGGUAGGUCAAUGUGCUGUUGACUGUACAUUGUACAGUCAACCGCGUGUCAAGGUAUCGUGCUUGGCAGUUAUGUCUUAAAAUUUUGUGUGAUCAACUUAUAAACGUGUUAAUAACAUUCUUGUGAAUUCACAUAAAUACUAAAUGCGGUUGAUUCAUUGUUGACUCGGUUAUUAGAUGUUUAGCAUUGUAAUAUAUUAUUAUAGAUUUAAGUUAAACGUAAUAUUGAUGUAAUUAAUAAUUCUAUGAAACGUUAUUGUAUAGCAGAUUAAUAUAAAACAGCGGAUAUGCUUUUGUACCUUGUUGUAUUCUUGUAACUACAUGGCAUCAUUAUAAUGAUUACAACUUCUCGUAUUGCCUUAUUUUGUUUGGACUUGUGUGGGGAUCGACCGAUUGAAACUUCUGUGCUUUUAAUUAUAAUAUUUUUUUUUACUAUGCUCACCGAAGAAAUGUUCGCUUAGUCAGUGACCCAUAACGCUCCUUGCUUACACGCUGUGCGUACUGUAGCGUACGGCAAGAUGUAUGCCGUGCACAUAACUGUACAUCACAGCCAGACUCAGUUCCCCCUAAGCCCUUAUAAAACAGGCAUAUUUCAAAAUAUCACCAGUGAAAAGGGCGUAAGUCUUAUGAAUCAAAAUAUUAUAAUAAAAUCAAAAUCCUGUUUUAUAAGUUUAAACUUCAAUUUGUGUUGACUAAAUAUAUUUUUUUUCUGGUGCUUUUGGGAAUAUUUUUUUCUUGUGCCAUUGAAUAACUUUUGCUAGUGUUGCAAUUCAAUAGAUACAUUAUCCCAGUGUAGAAAAUAUAAUCUCAACCAAAUCCUGUUGUUGAUUGUACCUGACAACGUCGAAUGCAAAUGUUCAAACAAGAAAUAAAUAAUUAUGGUCGAAA